GUUUAUUUUGGGACUGUCAUGGCGAGCGGUCCUUGCGUUCGGAGGCAAAGGGGGUGGGGGUGGAGUGGGGCGCAAACGCCAAGCAGCCGCUUUGACAGUCCGGGCUGCGACAAGCAGGCAGCACCCGGACCGACGGCUGCCGCCCAGCACCGCUGCACCAGGAGCUCGAGGCGCUCAUGGCGCUCGCUUACAGCACAGCCAUCCCGCCUGGAUUCUUUCCCGUCCAGUACCCGCCCCCCUUGCUCCCCAAGCCCAGGAAGGACAAUGCCCGUCUCCAGAAGGUUCUGAAGCGCAGCGCCAAGAAGAAGACCUGCCCGCAGGCGUCGCAGGCGGCCGGCCCUUUCCGCUCCAGCCUCUCCCCGGUCAACGAAGCCAGCCCGGACCUUGAGCGCAGCGAACGCUCCACGCCGCCCAAAACUCCUGAGGCGCCCUACGCCUUCUACGCCAGCCAUCAGUCAAAUCGUUUCGCUGCCCGCCCACUUUACCAGCAUGUGGCGUCGCCCUACCCGCAACGGACGGCCUUCUCUCGAGCCGCAAGGUUCUCGCCUCAGCCGCAACACGGCGCCGGCGCUGCACCGCUCCCUCCGACGGUGCCCGUCCAGCCCAUUCCCUCCGCUGUCCCUCCUCCAGAGUUGACACCCCCAGAUUCCAGUCUUUUCCCCAAAACUCCCAGACUAGCCGUAGCCCCGCCCACCAAGCCCAAACCGGCCAGCCCCAAUCCGACCUGGUACCCGGCGGAAGGAGCUCAGGCUUUGAUCCGCCCGCUGACGGUCCUAACUCAGUUCGUCAAGCCCAAAAGUCCCCGUCCGACAUUCAAAGCCACGGAACCUUCCAAAUCUCCCAAGUCUAUGUUUGAGGUCCCCCAAAUCCGCCUGUACACGGCCAGCACGUCCUACUACGAGACAUCCAGGACGCCGCCCGUGUACGACACAGUCGCCCUCACCGCCAUCGGGGGCACAACUGAAAGCAACCAAGAAGCCAGCCUCGCGUGGCAAUGGUCCGAAAGCCCCGAUCUUUUGGUCAACGCCGAACCACAAGCCAAAAUACCAAACGCGCCCGUGAGGAGAGAAACGGCCAAAGUCGAGAUAAACGCGGCGGCGGCUCCGAGCAUCGAGAUCAGGAGAGCCACGCCCACACCUGAAACCAGAACCAAAACACCCACCCCGGAAAUGCAUUCACCGAGGUGCCUGACGGAGCGUCCGAGAACCCCGGCAAAGCGUGCCGCCACCCCCGUCUUUGAGGUUUCCAGACCCAACCCUCUCUUGUUUGCAGUGUCACCGAUGAUGAUGGAGUCAGAGAGGUCCAAAACUCCCCAAAUGAGAGCCAAGACUCCCGAGAUCUACGCAUCUGCCACGGAGCCGUACGGAGAGGCCCAGGCCAGCUGUCCACAGACCAUGACAAAGUCCAAAUCAGAAUCUGAUCUGACCAGGAGAACUCCCACAGCUGAGUUAACAUCCGCAGUGACAACCUUUGGGUAUCAGAGGCCCGUCACUCCAACCUACGAGGGCUCCCGCCUGCUGAUCUCAUCUCCGGCUUUUAAAAGACCAAGAACGCCCACGUACGGAACGUCGCCGCACAGUGGAGGCUUCCAGAGAUCAAAGACCCCGACUCUAGUCGGGCCCAAAUCAAAGUCUGCCUAUCGUGGACUGAUGCCCGGAGAGUACGCCGCUUACGGAGGAAUCAAAACGCACACACCGGCCUUUGGGAUUACAGGAGCUCAGGAUGCAAGGCACGAGGAGGCCGCAGCCACCCAACGUAAAACACCAAACCGAGAGCUGAUGGAAGCCAAAGAACCCCCUAAGGCAGAGGUCUCUGCCCCCCCAACAACUCCCAUGAUUGUUGUUUCCCAGACACCCAAAACCUCAGCAGUGACCCCAAAAGCAGAGGCAAGGAUGAUUCCUCCACCGCUCCCAGAGAACCAAGAGCAGAUCCAGAAAACAGCAAACAUUACACCGCCAACCUCAGACAACAGAACUCCUGUCCACCCGAAGAUGGACAUGCCAAAACCUCAGAUAGCCAAACAAGCUCCUCACACUCCUGAGAAAGACCCUCUGAAGGCAGUAAGGAAGCUUCUUGGCAAAGACAAAGUCCAGGCUUCCAAACAUCAAGCUCAGGCAAAGGUCGAAGAGUCGGUGAAGGUCUCUGAGGUCGAGAAGGUCAAAGCAACAUCCUCCCCAAGUCAAGAUAAGGACAACAAGGUUGGAACGCUCGCAGGAGAGGACAAGAAAGCUGACGAGUCGCCUCAAACCACCCAGAAGCCAAAGGCAUUGAAAUCCAAACUGAGCGGCUGGUCUAGACUUAAGAAGCACAUGGUGGUGGAGCAGGAGGAGCCGUCGUUUCCGCAGAACCAGGGAGUGGGCCAGGACCAGAGCCAGGGGGUCCACACCGCUGGGGCUACACCACCUAAUGCCACCAAGCUGUGGGAUGCCGUGCUCUUCCAGAUGUUUUCCAGCAAGGAGAACAUCAUGCACCAGAUCGAGCUGAAAAAGAAGGAGGAAGAGCAGCAGCAGCAGACGACGGAGGAGGAGAAGAAAGAGGACAAAAAGACCCAGGCCAAGGAAAUCCCGUCCUUUGCUCACCGGCUGCCCAUCUUGCUCUUCCGCCCCAAGUUUGACGCCAAGAAGCUAAAGGAGGCAGCGUCCAGACCCCUCACCAAGUUCUCCACCGUCUUUGAGAUGGGUCUGAUCGCACGCAAGGCCAAGGACGAGGAACCAAAAGACUUUAACAGAACCGCCAGAGGCUUCAGCUCUUAGAAGGGAGGAGGGCCACAGCGUAUGGAAAGUGCCGCUGCUGCAUCAGAAGCGCCAGGCCUCCUCAAGUAGUGGCCGAGUCCUGGCUGGCUCUGCUUGUUUGGACUCAACCUUUGUCUUGCCAUUAAAAAGCUUUGAUGUUUGAACAAGGCUCCCGUUUGUUCCAAAUGUUCCUUUGGUGAGAUGUUCGCCACGGUGCUACUCGUCUCCGCAAGUUUGAUGCUUUCAUUUUGAUGUCGUUAAAGAGAGAACGGUAACGUUGACUUGCUUUGUUGUCUUCUGCAUUUGGCUGAAUCGAUUCGAGAAGGAGAGCGUUUGUGGCAAAGGUAGGUUAAGAAAGGAGAAGGUCGCUUGAAAAGAUGAACCGUUAAAAAGGCAGAUGAAUGUUCUCGCCAUGCAUGUUGUUGUUGUUUUUCUGGUGUGUGCGCUUGUCUUACAUUUUUUAAAAAUCCAAAUCUGGAUUUACACCAAAAUAAAGCAAUCAGGCAAAAUUUG